UAGGGAGGGCAGGUUGUGGGGGGGCGUGUGUUCCUCUUGCACAAGCGCUCCCAUGUUGCGUAGUCUGGAAACCUGACGUGGAGAGCAGCCGAGCGGAGCGGACUGAGUUGCAGCAAGGCAGAUCAGAAAGUGCCUGUGGCCGCGCUCACAUUUCCUCGCGCACUCCUCUCCAGACCUAGAGUCGCACGAGACUGGCAACACGCUCAGACACCGGUGUGCUGGCCGCGCGUGACCCGAGGAGCCCACUUUUGACGAACACACUCGGGCUCCGCUGGCAGGAAAGCUGGAACUAAACUACAUUCAUUGACUUGAGAGCGAUGCACUGGCAGCAUGGCCAAGUGGUUCAAGGAGCACCUAGGAUUCAAAACUACCAAAUCACCCCCUCCGGCGCCUCCGAAACCGGACUACAGACACUGUCACACCGGUGUGCCCAGUGCGCCUGGCUACCAACAAACAAUCUGCGGGGUCACCUUCCCGAGCCCCGCUCAACCGGACAUCCUCGCUGCGUACAAACUACAAAAGGAGCUGGACUUCGAGGACCCGUACACUCCAGGUGGAAAUAUUUCAUUCGGCUCGAGCUUGAACAGCGUGGGGUCGCCGGAUAUCAAGUAUGUGUCACCAAAACACCGACUUAUCAAGGUGGAAACUAUCGAAAAGCCCAGCCCAGCUCCAGGCGGAGGUGUCACAGUCACCCAAGCUGUUGCUCUGGGGAGUGUUAAAUCUCCCACUUCACCUCCCUCGGACCACGACAACAAGGAGAAGCUCAUUAUCCUCGAAGACUACGCGGACCCUUUCGAUGCCGAGCAGGCUGGUGGCACUCAGACCAGCACGGAAAAAGUGACGACCACGGAGAAUGACGGCUACAUGGAGCCAUACGAGGCCCAGAAGAUGAUGGCAGAAAUACGAUCUGGGGGGCGAGGAAAUAAGGAAGGAUCGGUGCGGCAGCUGCCCCUGUACGACACGCCGUACGAGCCGGCGGAGAACGGGGGGGACUCUGACCCGGACGUGCGCUGCCCCAGAGAGAGCCGGCUGCCCCAGGAUGACGAGCGACCCCCCGAGGAGUACGACCAGCCUUGGGAGUGGAAGAAGGAGAGGAUUUCCAAAGCUUUUGCAGCUCUGCUUUGUUAUGACUGCAUUAGCUACGAGGGUUCUGUAAGUGGCACUGGAUCAAGUCCCCACGGAGGAAAGGACUGCAACUCUAAACCCCUCACAGUAGAGAUUAAAGUGAUCAAGGACCUACCGUGGCCCCCCCCCGUCGGGCAGCUCAACACCAGCCCUCCCCUGGUGGAGGGGCUGGAGUCUCCCUCGCAGACGGCUCAGCCCUCGCCAGGACAGACCAGCUGUGACCAGCACCACCAUGUCCAGUUUGAUAGUGUGGAGAAGUCUCGAAUGUCGCCUACCAAGGAUGGGAAAACCCGCCCGCUGCAGCGACACUCCAGUAGCUGUCUGGUCAACACGAAGCUGUCUUCACUGGACCACUGCGGUUCCUCUCUCGGGGAGCGCAUCGACCCCACCAUGCCCCUGGAGAGCCAGUUCUGGUACCAUGGAGCGAUCAGCCGGACAGACGCAGAGUCUCUGCUCAGGCUGUGUAAGGAGGCCAGCUACCUGGUGAGGAACAGCGAGACCAGCAAAAACGACUACUCCCUCUCCCUCAAGAGCAGCCAGGGCUUCAUGCACAUGAAGCUGUCACGGACGAAGGAGAGCAAGUACAUCCUGGGCCAGAACAGCUGCCCGUUUGACAGCGUGCCUGAGAUCAUCUAUUUCUACUCUAGCCGCAAGCUGCCCAUCAAGGGUGCCGAACACAUGUCCCUGCUGUACCCCGUAGCCAUCAGGACACUAUAGUGCUCCGGGUCACUGGCAGGCCCCUGCCGUACCCACCGGGCAACCCUGUGGCUCCACACUUCCUGUCCCUCUGGACAGUGCCCAGAAGGCUCAUGGGAAUUCGAACAGUGACAUCCCAAAACUGCUGAUUCUAACUCACCUCACUAGCCGACGGAUUCCAGACCUGUUUUGAAGGCCUACUGCAUAUUAUCUUACACAUGCUGUACAGACUCAAUGAGGUAGAAGGCUUUAUUAUUUUUAUUUUAUUUAUGACGGACACCCACUUCAUCACAUCACAGACUGACCACCUGAUGAACAUAAUUUCACUGAUUCUUCAGCUGAUUUCCCUAAGCACUUAUCACUCAUAGAAAAAGAGAGGUACAACAUUGUAACAUGUGUCACUGGGGUGUACCUUUUCUCAGAAAAUGUUUUAUCCUAGGAGUGCACAUCAUAAAAAUAGUGUAUGCUCAUUUGGUUAGGCUCUGUUGAUUCUGUAAUUGUUUGUAAGAGGACUUGAAGAUUGUAAGAGCUGUGUAAGGGAAGCAACAUUUAUGAGGCCUG